CAUAGCGUGAGACGUCUAUUGUUUGCUAAUCAAAUAUUAGCAGUGUUGACGCCUGUUGUGUGACGCGCAAUUGUUAGUUUAUCAACUAAAGUGACAAUUUGAGCGGAACUCAUGAUCUGCCCAUGCUCUCGUCGUGAAGUUCAGCCAUGGACGGUCCUUACGUAUUCACAAACUUCCUACGCCUGCUUUUUGCCUUGUUUCUCAUAGCCCAAGGCAUUCUAUUGGACCAGUACCUCGUUCAGUUCGUCCACCCGGCAUUCUACUCCUUUCUGGUACUAUAUCUCGUCGCGUUUAUUGUCUGGGUGUUGUUUACUGUUGGUAAAAUCAAGAUUAACUAUUUGUGGACGGUGUGGGCCGCGUAUAGCUGCCUUGCACUGGUCCCAAUGCUUGCUACGAUAUUAGGGACCGUGAUCUACGCGUAUGACCAGCGCGUCAUGACGAUGAUCAAUGCUAACGGCUCAUCAGGACACGUUACUGACACAGUAGGCUACCUUACCAGGAACGAGUUCUUCGGCCCUAAUGUCCUCAAGGUAACACUUUGCAUCUCGCCUUUGCUAUUCCUACUCCUCCUCACUACAACACCCGAGCAAACCAACCGCAACGCAGUCGUGAACCUGUGCAUGAUGGGCACUUUAGAAUUGUUCGACGGUAUUGAGAUGCUGGAGGUGUUUAUAGGCCAUAAUCAGGAGCACACCGUCCCGUCGUGGCUCAAGACCCUCAUCGCUUGCUUCGUCUGCUUCAGUUUCUUCGUCUCGCCUCUGGAGAUAGUCGAGAGUAAGGUGGAUCAGUGUGGGGUUUGGAAGAGGCGUCGUCGUAUAUUCGUAUUGUACGCGUUACUUCAGGCCUUGCUGGUGAAUGGUGCCUAUCUAGUGAUCAGGCUGUCGCUAUGGCUGGUCUAUCAUCUGGAAGCUUCUAUUUUCAUCGCUAAGAAUGCCAUUACUAUUAUGAUCACCCUCUUCGAGGUGUUCACUGCAUGCAAGUGCUUUGGCUUUGGCCAGGAGCUGCCUCACGAACACAAGCAGGAGUGCACUGAUGGGAAAAAGAAACGAGUGAAAAAGGGGGAGACUGCCGCAUAGCACUUCCGGACAAAAAAUGUAACGCCACACGUUAAAGCAUGUCACGCAAUCUUAGAAAGUGCUGUUUACUACUUCCGGUUUGGAAAAGUAACGCAACACGCUCAAACAUCACACAAUCUCACAAGACAAUUCAUAUGGAAGUUUUAAAAUGGAUCAUCUUAGGUUUAUCAGUAAAUGCACAUUUUUUUACAUGGAGCCAAAAUACAUGGAUAAAUGUGCAAUCUACAAAGCACAUGUAAAAAGCAAGAGAGCACAAAACACAAUUGACCAUACAGCUUUAUUUUGUUAAAUAGUUUAUAAUUUGUUUUACUUAAGAAUAUCCAUAGAUCCUCAUUCAACAUGUCUCAUGGAAUAAUUUAGGAAAAAUAAGAAUCUCAUAAAUAAUGUAUAAAGCAUGUCCCAUUACCAUUAUAAAAUGACCGACGGUGCAUCUCUUUAAAAAAAACUGUUAACAAAAAUAAAAACCCCACUGAA